AUGGCCACGCUCCGGCCGUGUCCAUCUGUCCAUGUCGGCGUUGGCGCGCGGCGGCCGUGCAUCAGCAGCCCGCCGUCGUCUUCUCUUCGCUUUGUCCCGGUGCUCGGCAGGCAAGGGGGAAGAAGCACCUCGCUCGUCGGCAACAGGUUGGCGGGCAGGGCGGCUCCCCGCCUGCGCGACCGUCACGCAACCGGUGCUCGCAAAGGCGCCGCCGAUUGGCCCUUCGGCGUAGAACCAGACGACGGCAAUCACGUGCUUGAGGAACAGGUCAAGAUGUUCCGUGCCAUAUAUCCGGAGAACUACUCUGAGUUGAAAAAGGUGGAAAAGGAUAUGCCAUUUCGAGAAGACAUAGAGAAAAUCAAUGAGUAUGACAAGGCAAUGUGCGAUUGUCAUAGCAGCAUUUUUCACAUAGACGCCACAACUUUUUCAUUGUAUUUUUGCAUGAUAGCUACUAAAGGUGUGAAGCUAGCUUCCAGCGUCAUGGAAACUGCAGCUUCAAGACUUGAUAAGCGUGAUGAAAUUUCUUCAUGUACAACAAAGCAGACCCUCGCAAUGUAUGUAUCCAGCUUUGUUAAGCUAGUAAAGGACGCGUAUGAUAAGAAGUUCAACGAUGAGUCCAUUUUUUCACUUAUUGGUGCUUUUAGAGGCGUGGCCGCAGUAGGCCGCAUCUUGCUUCAGGACACCGUGUCUAGUGUUGGACGAAGACAACACUUCUUGGCGCGAGUUUGA